AUGGGGGAUCAUAAACCUUCCUCAUGCUCACCACCAUCUGGUAUUCCAGAUAAACUAAAAUAUCCAUACCUGACAUCACUCAAUGCAGCUCAACUGAAAGCUGUGACCUCACCUCCUGAAAUCCCUCUUCAAAUCUUAGCAGGUCCAGGAUCAGGUAAAACCCGAGUAUUGACUUCACGAGUAGCUCAUCUCGUUCAAUAUCAUGAUUAUCGUCCGUAUGAAAUCGUUGCUGUCACUUUCACCAAUAAAGCUUCUAGCGAGAUGAAGAAGAGGUUACAAGUACUAUUAGGAGCUAAACAAGCAGAUGCGCUGGUCUUAGGAACUUUUCACGCUACUUGUGCUAAAUAUCUCCGAAGAUAUGGUCAACUCAUUGAAUUGCUAAAUAACUUUAUCAUAGCUGAUGCUGAAGACUGUAAGAAAAUCAUGUCGACUCUCCUAAAAUCUCGUAAAGACUCACUAGAAGAUUCCCGUAUGGCUUUGAAAGAAGGAGUCGUUUUAUCAGAGAUAUCAAAAGCAAAAGCAAAAGAGGAAUCACCGGAUCAAAUGGCAAUGAGGGCAGCUCAAGAUCCAGGUACAUCCACAAAUACAUUAGCUAUCAUCGCAGAGUUAUAUGCAGAAUACGAAGCGACUUUGAGAGAAGCAAAUUCGUUAGAUUUUGACGAUUUAUUGGUAUUUGGUUUGAGACUGUUCAGGAGUGCUCCUAGAGUGUUGGAAUCAUGUAGACAUAUCUUAGUUGACGAGUUCCAGGACACCAAUAUAACUCAAUAUGAAUUGAUGAAAUGUUUCGCUAAAGCUCAUGGAGGAGUCAGUGUAGUGGGAGAUCCGGAUCAAUCAAUUUAUGGAUGGAGAUCGGCUGAAGUAGAAAACUUGAACAAGAUGACAAAUGAUUUUCCUGGAGUGGAAGCGAUUUACUUGGAGGAGAAUUACCGUUCAACAGGAUCUAUCCUCUCAGCUGCACACGCGAUUGUUUCACAAGACCGGGCUCGUAUACAGAAGAAUCUCUUCACUUCUCAUCCACGCAGUACACCCGUCACGCUAAAAGUAUUCAGCACACCUGUCAUCGAAGCGAGUUUCAUCGCUUGGGAAAUCAAAAGACUGAUAGCGUAUUCAGGUGGAACAUUGAAUUAUGGGGAUUUUGCUAUUCUACUGCGAUAUAAUGCAUUAUCGAGAGUCAUCGAAUCCGCUCUACAAAAAGAUAGUAUACCAAAUCGUAUAGUCGGGGGACACAAGUUCUUUGAACGUAUGGAAGUCAAGGAUCUUCUAGCGUAUCUGCAGCUGGCGGAUAAUCCUGGGUUCACACCUGCAUUCGUCCGAGUUGUCAAUACUCCCAAGCGAUCAAUUGGAGACAAGUCCAUCUCUGACCUGCUUAACACCGCAAAAUCAAUGAAAAUCUCACCUAUGGAGUUGUCAGAGAGGAUCAUUGAUGGUGAACCACUUCCCGCUGGAUUAAAAGCAGGAAUCAAGAAGAAUUUGGGGAGUUUCGUUGGCGCUGUCAGGAAACUCCGAAGAGCGGCAGAAAAGGGAUCAUCUGUUGGUGAUUUGAUACGGUUGAUCAUCGAAAAGACAGGAUAUGAAGAAUACCUUAGAGCCUCGCAACAGGAUUUCGACUCUAGAUGGGAGAACGUACAGGAACUGAUCUCAUACAGUGUCAUCGUUUCCGAGGAACAGGCUCGUUUAUCGGCUGGCGAAACCUCUGAGGGUAGCUUCAUGCCAGCCAAUUCUGCCGCUGUUGAAGCCAUCAUAAACCGUGCUCAAGUAGAGGAGAAGAUCAAGUCCGAGACUAGGUUACAUCCUUUAUUCCGUCGCCAAUCGUCCAAUGCAAGUGGCAGUGGUAGAAGUAGGAGUCGAUCUACUUCGGUGUCAAAAGGAAAGGCUAAAACUGUGAGCGGGGAUGACGGAGUCAUUGAGGUCUUGUCGAGCGAUGAGGAGGAUAUGGACUCCAAGCCAACAGUUACCAACGGAAUUGGGAAGGUCAAAGAGAUGGUGACGUCGGAGAUGGUUGAUGAUCUCACGAAUGCUGCGGAAAAGUGA